AGAAAAGGAGGACAAACAGAGAGGAGGAGCAGACGGUGAGGAGCUGCUGAGGAUGAAGAGCAGCAGUGAUGAAGAGGAGGCUGCACCAUCUGCUGCUGAGAGAAACAUGUUAUUCAUCCAGACGAGACGAAGAGCAGCAGAGAGAAACGGCAACCUCCUGAACGACUGUCACGAUGAAGAGUCUGCAGCUUAACGAGAGGAGAGUUUCCACAAAGAGGUCCAGGCAGUUGUGAGUAUCUCCACAACACCGACAGAAUAUAAUCAGAUCCCGUCUGGAGGAGCAGCUACCGUCCUGUUUCUUUUCUCUGGAGAGCUGUGAGGACAGACACGGAGCAGCUGCCAUGAUUUAUUUUGACUAAUCAGUGAUCCGGAUUGAUAGUUUUCCUUCAGAACCAGGGUCGCCCCCCUAUGAUGCACACUCCCGCCUCCAUGGUGAUGGGGAUCGUCUUCGCCCCUCUGGGUCUGGUCCUGGUCUUCACUGCUGCCAUCACCCCCCAGUGGAGGGAGGGUCAGGCCCGUCUCAGCAUGGCGGGGCCCGGCUCCUUCUUUCUCCGGACCGGAGUAAAAGGCUCGGGGCUGAAGUCCGGGUCGAUGGAGGCGCUGCUCCUCCUGCGCUCUGACGGACUCUGGGAGAGCUGCCUGCAGGUGGAGCACUCUGAGCUGAAGCAGUGCUGGCCGGUGGCCGGUCCUUAUCAGAGGGACCCCCGGGUCCGCCUGGCCCAGGGUCUGGUCCUCACCUCGCUGUUCCUGUGCGGCACCGGCAUCGUCCUGGCGUGCAUCGGGGUCCGCUGCUGGACGGACGUCCCCCUGAGGGGCGUGGCGGCGACAGGCGGGCUGCUGGUGGUGAUGGCCGGGCUGCUCAGCCUCACCGCUCUGGGGGUCUACACCCACAACCUGACCAGCCUGGGCAUGGCAGACCCCAACCACGUGAUCAACAACCCCAGGUUCCCCCCGCUCAGCCUGCGCCCCGCGGGGUCGCUCUACUUCGGCUGGCUGGGGUCCUGUCUGCAGGUGGUGGGGGGCGGAGCUCUGCUCUUCAGCUUCAAACGACCCAGAUACCCCACCUGCCCGUCCUGCCCCAAGCUCCCGGUCUGCCCCGCCUACCCCUCAUGUCCAGAGAUCACCAACAAGCCGGACACGGACGUCUACGAAGUCAGCUGUUAGAACCUCAUACUAUAAAUACUUGGAGGGAUAAAGGGAUAGUUUGGAUCUUAAAAGACGGGUUGUAAGAGUAAAUCAGCCAUGAUCAAGUUUAACCUGCAGUAGAUGGUGGACAGCAUGUCCCCAGUCUUUAAUAGAGGCCUGGUCCACCUACUAGUAGGUCCACAGUGGUCCAUGUUUAACCUGCAGUAGAUGGAGGACAGCAUGUCCCCAGUCUUUAGAAGAGGUCUGGUCCACCUACUAGUAGGUCCACAGUCUUUAAUAGAGGUCUGGUCCAUCUACUAGUAGGUCCACAGUGGUCCGGCUAUACGCAGAGGCAAGAGGAGGCAGCGCCACCACAAAUAAAUGCCUUGAAAAAAGACACAAGAUUUCUUACCAAAUUAACUAGUAAUAUUGUACUAGUAGGUACCAAGUGACUACUCACUCACUCACUCACUCACUCACUCACUCAAAUAAGAGUGAAAAACACCAGAUUAUGGGAUAUCCAA